CUGACGGAAGUCUGGUCAUCCCGUUGUCUGACAGUUGCAUUUCCUCUGCUUCAUUCAUUUUCCUUUUUUUUUUCUUAUUAACCCUUCUUCCUUUUUAAUGAAGGCUCAUGUAGAUGACAGUCAAAGGAGGUUAUGCAUUUUUUAUUUCCUCUUCCCCUGGAUUUAUAGUGGCUUGGUCCUUGUGAACAAUCAACGCUAAAGAGCUGAGAAAAUAUAAUAUUUGUUGUAUUGUGGAUGCAGAGGCUGUAAGAUAUGCAGCCCAGCCUGUGGGGUUGCUGCUUAGACUGAGGUAGAGACUUGGCUACGAUUGGGACACAACAGUGACAUAGCAUCGAUCGCUUCCAUUGAGAGCAAUGGAAAAACACAGCCGGGGUCCCUGACAGGCUGGAUGAAAUGAGAUCCACAUGUAGCAAUUACCAUGGAAACCUGUGACUCCCCUUCUAUCUCAAGACAAGAAAAUGGGCAGAGCACAUCAAAGCUAUGUGGAACGACACAACUUGAUAAUGAGGUGCCAGAGAAAGUCACAGGAAUGGAGCUUGACAGGGAAAACAGCUCUUCAGAUGACAACUUGAGAACAGAUGAACGCAAAACUGAAAUCUUGCUGGGUUUCGGUGUGGAGAAUGCAGCUGCCGCUCAGGUUACCUCAGCUAAAGAGAUACCCUGCAACGAAUGUGCCACUGCAUUCCCCAGUUUACAGAAAUAUAUGGAACACCACUGCCCUAACGCUCGCCUUCCUCUCUUGAAGGACGACAAUGAUAGCGAGAUUAGUGAGCUAGAGGACAGUGACGUGGAGAAUUUACUAGGGGAGAUAGUUUACCAGCCUGACGGAUCAGCAUAUAUUAUUGAGGACUCCAAAGAAAGUGGGCAGAAUGCACAAACGGGAGCAAAUAGUAAACUCUUUUCUUCAGCAAUGUUCCUGGACUCAUUCACAGGAGCUGGAGAGAAGAGUGAUCAGUCUGUUUCAGCAUCCAUGUCUUUCUACCCACAGCUCAUCAAUACUUUUCAUAUCGCUUCAUCCCUCGGGAAACCAUUUAUGGCCGACCAGGCUUUCCCAAAUACCUCAGCAUUAGCAGGAGUUGGUCCUGUGUUGCACAGUUUCCGUGUCUAUGAUCUCCGACAUAAGAGAGAUAAAGACUAUCUUACCAGUGAUGGCUCAGCCAAAAACUCCUGCGUGUCCAAAGAUGUUCCAAACAAUGUGGACUUGUCUAAAUUUGAUGGUUGUGUUAGUGAUGGGAAAAGGAAACCUGUUUUAAUGUGUUUCUUGUGCAAGUUGUCAUUUGGUUAUAUUAGGUCAUUUGUAACCCAUGCUGUGCAUGAUCAUCGGAUGACCCUCAAUGAUGAGGAGCAAAAGCUUCUCAACAAUAAAUAUGUCUCUGCCAUAAUACAGGGGAUUGGCAAGGACAAAGAACCUCUUAUAAGCUUUCUGGAACCAAAAAAACCCAAUUCUGUUUUACCCCAUUUUUCUACUACGAACCUCAUAGGCCCUGAUUCAACCUUCCGUGGUUUAUGGAGUGCUUUUCAUGUUGAAAAUGGUGACUCUUUGCAGGCAGGAUUUGCAUUCUUAAAGGGAAGUGCAAGUUCUGCUGGCUCUUCAGAGCAGUUACUUGGGGUCAACCAAAUGCCAAAGGCUGAAGUGGGGGGCAUGGGCAUGUGUAGCCCAAAAACAAACACCCCAGUUACCUCUGUGUCCCACAGCCACUUAUCAUCUGAUUCAAGAAAGCAGGUGGACAGCAAAGACCAAGAAAACAACUGUGAAAGGCAACGGGAAUCCAGUGUCUCUCACCCUAAUGGGGAAUGCCCUAUUAAGAGUGAGCCUAAUGAAGCUGUAGAUGAAGAAGAUGACUCAUAUUCCAAUGAACUUGAUGAGGAGGAGGUUUUAGGCGAACUAGCAGAUAGUAUUGGUAGCAAAGAUUUUCCUCUCUUAAACCAAAGCAUUUCUCCUUUAUCAUCUAGUGUGCUAAAAUUUAUUGAAAAGGGUACCUCUUCUUCUUCUGCGACUGUUUCUGAGGACCUAGAAAAGAACAAGCAGAAUGCUUUACUUAGAACUAGUAGCAAUGUUGCCAGUGGCUAUUGCAUUGGUGGCAAAGACUUAGAGGAUGCAAGUGCCAGUAAAGACUGUGCAACUUCUCUUUCCCCUAAUGAAACAGUUAGAGGAGAUGAUGAUAGUUCUAGUACUCCUCACCAGCACAACUUGGGACCUGGCACACAAGUUAUGGGUGAGGGCUCACCAGGAAAUGGUAUAGAGUGUCCUAAAUGUGAUACAGUUUUGGGGUCUUCAAGGUCAUUGGGUGGCCACAUGACAAUGAUGCAUUCUAGGAACUCUUGCAAAACUUUAAAAUGUCCAAAAUGCAACUGGCACUAUAAGUAUCAGCAGACUCUAGAGGCCCACAUGAAGGAGAAACACCCAGAGUCAACUGGCUCCUGUGCUUAUUGUAAGACUGGACAGCCUCACCCUCGGCUUGCUAGGGGUGAAAGCUACACAUGUGGCUAUAAACCCUUCCGUUGUGAGGUUUGUAACUACUCUACAACUACCAAAGGCAACCUCAGUAUUCAUAUGCAGUCAGACAAGCACCUAAAUAAUGUCCAAAACCUUCAGAAUGGGAAUGGUGAGCCGGUCUAUGGCCAUACUUCCCCAGCACCUAACACAAGCCUUAGUGGCUGUGGGACACCAUCUCCAUCUAAACCAAAACAAAAACCCACCUGGCGUUGUGAGGUGUGCGAUUAUGAAACCAAUGUGGCGAGAAACCUCCGGAUUCACAUGACAAGUGAAAAGCACAUGCACAACAUGAUGCUUUUACAGCAAAACAUGAAACAGAUCCAGCAUAAUCUGCACUUAGGCCUUGCACCAGCUGAGGCAGAGCUUUAUCAGUACUACCUAGCCCAAAAUAUAGGCCUGACUGGGAUGAAACUGGAAAGUCCAGCGGACCCUCAGAUGAUGAUUAACCCAUUCCAGCUCGACCCUGCCACAGCUGCAGCACUGGCACCCGGACUUGUAAAUAAUGAGCUGCCGCCUGAAAUUCGGCUUGCCAGUGGUCAGCUAAUGGGUGAUGACCUGUCCCUACUUACUACAGGAGAGCUGUCACCUUACAUCAGUGACCCUGGUCUCAAGUUAUUCCAGUGUGCUGUUUGCAACAAAUUCACCUCUGACAGUCUGGAGGCCCUGAACGUGCAUGUGAGCAAUGAACGCUCUCUCCCUGAAGAGGAAUGGAGAGCUGUAAUUGGAGACAUCUACCAGUGUAAGCUCUGUAACUAUAACACACAGCUAAAAGCCAACUUCCAGCUCCACUGCAAAACUGAUAAACAUAUGCAGAAGUAUCAACUAGUAGCUCAUAUCAAAGAAGGGGGCAAAACGAAUGAGUGGAGACUCAAGUGUAUUGCUAUUGGCAAUCCUGUGCACCUGAAAUGCAAUGCCUGCGAUUACUAUACCAACAGUGUGGAUAAACUACGCUUACAUACCACCAAUCACAGGCACGAGGCAGCUCUGCGACUGUACAAGACUUUGCAGGAAGUUGACAAGCAGACGUUAGGAGGGAUACAUACCCAGUACUUGCAAAAACACGAGAGCACUGUGAAUGCUGAAUCCUGCUAUUACUACUGUGCUCUAUGCGAUUAUUCUACGAAGGUCAAGUUGAACUUGGUACAACACGUUCGUUCAGUGAAGCACCAGCAGACAGAGGGUCUACGCAAGCUCCAGUUGCACCAGCAGGGUCUUGCACCAGAUGAGGACAGCCUGAGCGAGAUCUUCUUCGUAAAAGACUGCCCACCAAACGAGCCUGAAGAACAACCAGAAGAAACAGAGGAAAGUACAAAACCAACAACAGUGGCCCCAGCUGAGGAGAGAGUCACAAAUGAGAAAGACAACAGCGAGGCAAAGACGCCAAAGGAUGCAGGGUCAGGAACAAACACCCCAGAAAAAGAGCACGUCUUGAAUUCCACAAUAGGAAAGAGACAGUUAUUGCAAAGUAAAGAAGAUGAUGCAACAGUAAAGAGAUCAAGAAUCGCUGAGGAUAAUAGCCUGUGUCAAGAGCAGUGCUAUCAGUGUCCUUACUGCAACUACAACAGCAAAGACCCCAACAGGAUCCAGAUGCAUAUCCUGUCACAGCAUUCAGUGCAGCCAGUAAUCUCCUGCCCCCUCUGUCAGGAUGUGCUCAGCAACAAAAUGCAUCUCCAGCUCCAUUUAACUCAUCUGCACAGUGUGUCUCCGGACUGCGUGGAAAAGUUACUCAUGACAAUUACUGUGCCAGAGGUUUUGGUUCCCAAUAGUAUGAUAUUGCCAGGAGCUGGAUCGGAGAAGACAGAUAUGGAAACACCUGCAUCUGCCGGUGCAGACUUAUCCCAAGCUGGAAAAUCAGCAGGUGAAAGCCCAGCUGAGGAAAAAACCAUUCACGGACUCAAUGAUUUAAAAGCUGGAAUUGAAAUUAAAACAGAAGAGCAGAACAUGGCCAAAGAAUCAUUAGAAUCGCCCGAAUGGAGCAAAACCAGCAGCAAAGAUGGAAAGAUCUGCGAGUCACUGCCAGAGCAACUGAGUGAUCCAAAGAGGCAGCAACUUUCUGUUUCUGACCGCCAUGUUUAUAAAUACCGCUGUACCCACUGUAGUUUGGCUUUUAAGACUAUGCAGAAGCUUCAGAUACAUUCCCAGUAUCAUGCUAUUCGGGCUGCCACCAUGUGUAGCCUUUGCCAGCGCAGCUUCCGAACAUUCCUGGCUUUAAAAAAACAUUUGGAAACAGGCCACCCUGAGCUCAGUGAGGCCGAAGUUCAGCAGCUGUGUGCAUCCUUACCUGUAAAUGGUGAACUCUGGCCAGAAAAUGAAAGCAUUACACCAGAGGACCAUGUUCUGGAGCAGGAAAACGAACGAGAGUAUGAGAUGGACCACGAAGGGAAAGCUAGUCCUGUUGGAAGUGAUAGCAGCUCCAUUCCAGAUGAAAUGGGCUCAGAACCAAAGCGGACCUUGCCUUUUAGAAAAGGGCCAAAUUUUACUAUGGAAAAAUUUUUAGAUCCAUCACGCCCAUAUAAGUGUACAGUUUGUAAAGAGUCUUUCACUCAAAAGAACAUUCUUUUGGUCCAUUAUAAUUCAGUGUCUCAUUUGCAUAAACUCAAAAAGGUUUUGCAAGAAGCAUCAAGUCCUGUUCCUCAAGAGACCAACAGCAGCACUGAUAACAAACCACACAAAUGCAGUAUUUGCAAUGUUGCCUAUAGCCAAAGUUCUACAUUGGAAAUUCAUAUGAGGUCUGUUCUUCACCAAACAAAGGCAAGGGCUGCAAAACUGGAACCAAGCUGUAACAAUACUGGUGGGAGUAAUAUGCCGGGGAGCACUAGUAGCCCGAGCCAAGGGAUGCUAGAUUCUAUAAGUUUGCCAACUGUUAACAGCAAAGAAUCUCACAUAGAUGCCAAAGAAAUUAACAAAAAGCAAGCUUCGGAGGUAAUGAGUACACCACCAACACACCACCCACCCCAGUCACCAGCACAGCUUCAAAUGCAACUACAGCAUGAGUUACAACAACAGGCUGCAUUCUUUCAGCCCCAGUUUCUAAACCCUGCUUUUCUACCACACUUCCCUAUGACUCCUGAAGCACUGGUUCAGUUCCAGCAGCCUCAGUUCCUAUUCCCAUUUUAUAUUCCUGGGACUGAGUUUAGUCUCAAUCCGGAUUUAGGGCUGCCUGCAUCUGCUGCAUUUGGGAUGCCUGGAAUGGCUGGCAUGGCAGGUUCACUACUUGAAGACCUAAAGCUACAGAUUCAAACCCAACAUCAGGUUGGGCAGACUCAGCUACAGCUAUUACAGCAGCAAGCACAGCAGUAUCAGAUUGCUCAGCAUCAGUCGCAAAAGCAGCAACAACAGCAGCAACAACAACAGCAGCAGCAGCAGCAACAUCAACAUCAACAGCAUGUUAAUAGAAUGCUGAAACAGGAACAGAACAGCAUGGCAGCUGUUGAGAGUCAGCUGACAAAAGAUGCACAGUGUUAUAAAGACCAUGAAGAAGUAGCUGAAAGACAACACGAAAAACCAAAGCAAGACUAUUCAAAUGAAAAUGAUGGGUCUAAAGAAAGCAAAGAUUUAAAGAAGCAGAAGUCGACAGAACAAAUGAUUCCUCCACCAAGAAUUGCUUCUGGUGCUAGAGGGAAUGCAGCAAAAGCUUUGUUAGAAAACUUUGGAUUUGAACUGAUUAUCCAGUACAAUGAAAACAGGCAGAAGGUGCAGAAGAAACACAAACUUGGGGAUAAUGAAAACCAUGAGAAAUUGGAGUGUGGUGCUUGUAAUAAGUUAUUUUCAAAUAUUCUAAUAUUAAAGAGCCACCAGGAGCAUGUUCAUGGACACUUUUUUCCCUAUGGUGAGUUAGAAAAAUUUGCCCGCCAAUAUAGGGAAGCUUACGAUAAACUUUAUCCUAUUUCACCAUCUUCUCCAGAAACCCCUCCCCCACCACCGCCACCACCACCUCCACCACCACCACCUCCUCCUGCUCAACCUGCCCAAGUGCCACCUCCACUUACUCCUACUGCACCAGUAAAAAUUCCAAGUUCUACACCAACUCCAUUGCAAGCUCCACCACCAACACCUCCACCACCGCCACCACCACCUCCACCACCCCCACCUCCACCACCUCCUCCACCAUCUGUUCCACCUCAAGUCCAGCUUCCUGUAUCUUUAGACCUCCCUUUAUUUCCUCCAAUUAUGAUGCAGUCUGUCCAGCAUCCUGGUUUACCCCCACAACUUGCACUUCAGCUAUCUCCAAUGGAUGCAUUGUCAGCAGACCUUUCCCAGAUGUGCCAGCAGCAGUUGGGUUUAGAUCCAAAUUUUUUGCGUCAUUCUCAGUUUAAGCGCCCACGCACAAGAAUUACAGAUGACCAGCUGAAGAUUCUGCGUGCCUAUUUUGACAUUAACAAUUCACCAAAUGAGGAGCAAAUUCAAGAAAUGGCUGACAAAUCAGGCUUAUCUCUAAAAGUUAUCAAACACUGGUUUCGAAACACUCUAUUUAAAGAACGACAAAGAAAUAAAGAUUCACCAUACAACUUCAGCAAUCCACCAAUAACAGUACUAGAAGAUAUCAGGAUUGAGCCUCAACCACCUUCUUUAGAUCUUCACCGGUCAGAUUCUUCUUUCAGCAAAAGAUCAUCAAGAACCAGGUUUACUGAUUAUCAGCUUAGAGUGUUACAAGAUUUCUUUGACACAAAUGCAUAUCCAAAAGAUGAUGAAAUCGAACAACUUUCUACAGUCCUAAAUCUAGCUACUCGUGUUAUUGUUGUGUGGUUCCAAAAUGCUCGUCAGAAAGCUCGAAAAAGUUAUGAAAACCAAGCUGAAACUAAAGAUAGUGAAAAGAGGGAGCUAACCAAUGAACGUUAUAUUCGUACUAGCAACAUGCAGUACCAGUGUAAGAAAUGUAAUGUAGUGUUCCCUCGAAUUUUUGAUUUGAUUACACAUCAGAAAAAGCUAUGUUAUAAAGAUGAAGAUGAUGAUAUUCAAGAUGAAAGUCAAACUGAAGAUUCCAUGGAUGCUACAGACCAAAUAAUGCCAAAGACCUACUGUGCUAGUGGUCAGAUCGAUGCAUCAAAAAUUUCAACUACAAACACAGUGAGCUCUGGUUCUGGUUCAAGUACCCCACUGAUGCCAUCACCAAGACCAGAGUUGGGUAAAACAUCACCAAAACCUGAUUUUCAGGCAGAAAAACCAAAGCAAAUUGAUGCUAUUGCAAAUUCAUUAGCUUCAAAAUUAAUACAAUCAAGCGCCGCAGCUUCUUCUGAUACACAAAAUGCUCCACCUCAGCAACGACAGUCUCAGCAACAAAUUGGAAGACCUUCAUCUGCAUCAACAACCACUCCGAUCCCUUCUAGUCCCCUACCAAUGUCUAUGACAUCUCUACAAAACAGCCUACCUCCUCAAUUAUUACAAUAUCAAUGUGAUCAGUGUACAGUUGCAUUUCCAACGUUGGAACUGUGGCAGGAACACCAGCACAUGCAUUUUUUAGCUGCCCAAAAUCAAUUCCUCCAUUCCCAAUUUUUAGAAAGGCCUAUGGAUAUGCCAUACAUGAUUUUUGACCCCAAUAAUCCCCUUAUGGCUGGGCAGUUGCUUGGGGGUUCCCUUGCUCACAUGGCAGCUCAAUCCAACACACCACAUGGGACUGCUUCUCUCCCUGGAUCUCUUAAAAGAAAAAUAGAUGAAAAAGAUGAUAAUAAUUGCAGUGAAAAGGAGGGAGGCAACAGUGGGGAGGACCAACAUCGAGAUAAGCGAUUAAGAACAACAAUUACUCCAGAGCAGUUAGAAAUACUUUAUGAAAAAUAUUUACUGGAUUCAAAUCCAACAAGAAAAAUGCUUGAUCAUAUUGCACGUGAAGUGGGACUGAAAAAGAGAGUGGUGCAAGUUUGGUUUCAAAAUACAAGAGCUAGGGAGAGAAAAGGUCAGUUUCGAGCUGUUGGUCCAUCUCAGUCUCAUAAAAGGUGUCCUUUUUGCCGAGCACUUUUUAAAGCUAAAUCAGCAUUAGAAAGUCACAUUCGAUCUAGGCACUGGAAUGAAGGAAAACAAGCUGGUUAUAGUUUGCCCCCAAGCCCUCUUACCUCAAUGGAUGAUGGUGGUGAAAGCCCUCAUAAAUAUAUGUUUUAUGAUUAUCAUUCACUCUCAAAAAAUGAUCACCUUAGUGAAAAUGAUGCACCCUCAUCUGUUUCCACACCGGUCAGUAAGACUGCUGAGCUAUCACCUAAGAAUCUUUUAAGCCCUUCAUCUUUUAGGGUAGAGGGUAAUGAAGACAUAGAGAACUUGAAUGCCCCACCUGCAGAAGGCAGGUUUGAUCAAAAUAAAAAUGACUUUGAUGAAACAUCUUCGGUUAACACAGCUAUUAGUGAUGCCACAACAGGGGAUGAGGGAAACAAUGAUAUGGAUAGUACCACUGGUAGUUCAAGAGAUGUGAAAACUCCCAAAGAACCAAAAACUCAUAUGAAUGAUAGUUUGCCAAAAACAGCAACUACUCCUACAUUGGAUAGUUGUGAUGAAAAGUAUUUCUUCUCUUUAUCAAAUUCAUCACAAAAUAAUAUGGACAGAGAGAGUGAUCAAGACCAAAGCAUCUAUAUGACUGAUGAGUUUGAUGAUACUGCUGAUCGCAGUGAAACAUCAAGUAUAGCUGAUCCAGAUCCCAGCUCACCAAACUCAUUUGGUAAUAGCAGCCUUUUUAAAGCCAAAAAUCAUGAUCGACCUGGUCAUAAGCGUUUCCGGACACAAAUGAGCAAUCUUCAACUUAAGAUUCUCAAAGCUUGCUUUUGUGAUUAUCGGACUCCAACAAUGCAAGAAUGUGAAAUCCUGGGCAACGAGAUUGGUCUUCCCAAGCGUGUUGUCCAAGUUUGGUUUCAAAAUGCAAGGGCAAAAGAGAAGAAAUUUAAAAUAAACAUAGGGAAGCCAUUUAUGAUUAAUCAAACUGGACCAGAUGGAACAAAACCAGAGUGUUCUAUUUGUGGGGUGAAAUAUUCAGCACGUUUGUCCAUUCGAGAUCACAUAUUUUCAAAGCAACAUAUAGCAAAGGCGAGAGAAACGGUAGGAAGUCAACUUGAUCGAGAAAAAGAUUAUCUAGCUCCUACAACAGUGCGACAACUCAUGGCUCAACAAGAACUGGAUCGCAUAAAGAAGGCCACGGAUGUUUUAGGUUUAACAGUACAGCAGUCGAAUAUGAUGGAGAGCAGUUCUCUUCAUAGUAUCAAUUUGCCUGCAUCUUACCAAGGGCUACCUGGCCUUCCUCCAGUACUUCUACCUGGGAUGAAUAGCCCAUCUCCAUUGCCUGGUUUUACGCAGAGUUCAAAUGCUCUACCAUCUCCUGGUGCAGGCAUGCUUGGGUUCCCUAAUUCAGCUACUUCGUCUCCUGCUCUGUCUCUCAGCAGUGCCCCCUCUAAAUCUUUGCUGCAGACUCCUCCUCCACCACCACCACCUCCGCCACCACCUCCUCCAUCCUCAUCUUCUUCAUCUUCUUCCUCAUCAGUACAGCAGACAGAUCCACAGAAUAAAGACCUGGAGAAAACCCCAAAACAA